GUGGGCCGGGCCGGGCGGCAGGAGUAGGGCGGGCCUGGGGCUGCCGUGCCGGGGCUCUGGGAGCUGCUGCCGGCAAGGAGCCGGAGCGGGGCUGCUCUCCGAGGGAAGGCGAGAGGCUACAGCGCAGCCCGCGGCACCAGAAGCAGGGCAGCGACAGCACGCUGUGGCGGAGCGUGAGGCGAGGCAGGAUUUGGAUGGAGUCUCAGUACCUGAAGGAAUGCCUGGGAAGUUGCUUGAAGAAAGGACUGGCAGAGGUUGUAGAGCAUCGGCCAGCAGAUCCAAUAGAGUAUCUUGCACACUGGAUUUACAAUUACAGAAGAACCUUAGAUGAAGAAAAAAAGAGAAUACUGGAGAGAGCUGAGCUGGAACAAGAACGGGAGGCAGCCCUAGCAGAACUUGAAAGGUUAAAAAUCCAGGAAGAAGAGCAGCGGAAACUUGAAGAACAACAGGCUCAGUUGGAGAAAGAACGUGCAGAGUUGGAAGCACAGAAAAAGGAAGCUGAAAUGCAGUUGCAGCAGGAAGAUCAAGAGGAAAAUGAAAAGACAAUAGCUGAAGUUACAGAUAGACCUGAGGAGCCAGAUGAGACUGAACCAAGUCAAACAGACCUCCCAACAGUAACAGAAGAAGAAGAAGAAGAGGAGGGGGAGGAGGAGGAAGAAGAAGAAGAAGAAGAAAAUUAGAACUGACCUGAGAGCACAUUGUAGCUGGCAUGGCUGACUUUCACAGGAAGAAAACUGCAGCUGAAGUGAAAGCAGCAAAUAUAUUUUCUACUUAUUGAAGUAACCAUAAUAAAUAAAAAUAUAACUGAAGUGUCAAUAUGAUUUGAGGAUAGAUGCCACAAUAUGAUAAUUUGAAUCAAUAUGAAAAGAAUAAAAUAUUACUGAAAAUUAUUUUACAAGAAUAUGAAUGAUUUCUGACAGAAAAAAAGGGAAUGCUCUGCAGAUUAAAAGAUGGAGAGAGUAUUCUGGACUUCAGACUUGGCGCAAAAAUCCAAUCAGAUUUCCCAAAUGUAUUUGAAAGAGGUAAAUUUAACUCUGACUCAGUAUAUACUAGAAGAUCUUGUCUCCUAGAAGUCAUGAGGUGAUCUAGGUUUAAUUAUUGGAUAAAUAUAUUUAUUGCUGUAUUUAUUAUUAGAACCUUUUUUGGGUAUUGUGUGGUACUAGGUGAGCUGCAAGUGUCUGCAAGUUUGUCUUGAUUAGUCAAGUUUUUAAGACUUUUCUGCAUUUUUCUUGAAUUUGUAAAUCAAGAAAUUAAAUGUGUUCUCUACUAAAUACCAGUAUUAUUUCUAAAACUUCACUUCUAAAAAUUUAGAAGUAUAUUUAGUUUGAUCCAUGGUUAUCUGUAAAAGUAAGUUUUAUAAUCCUUACAGAUUGCAUUUUUACAAGAACAGAUGUUUGUAACCACUGGUAUCUUGGUAUAGGUUGUCAAGAAUGUUCUGUCUUUUCAUUAUAACUAGAAAAAACAGCAGCAUUAAGAAAUCCUGCUGUUCUUAAAAAUGAAUGUACAUUCAAUAAAAUGUACAUUUGCAUCUCUGUCAUCUACUACAGGUUAAAUGGUCAUGGCCAAUAUUGUGUAAUGAAAAUACACAACGAAAGUCAGUGCAUAGUUAAUGCAUUCACUGUGUUCUUCAGUCUUGGGAUGAGAUUUUUUAUGAUAAUUUCACUUCAAUUUUUUAAUAAUAUCGCUGAGUCUAAGGGGUUUGCUAUCCUUGGAAACUGUUAAAAAUAUCUAUACACCCAACAGACAAGGGUCAAUUACAUAAUAAAUGUUUUCUUGCUCUGAAUAACUUGUUUUGAUUGUGUAGAUCAGACUAAGAAUAAUCUUACAAAAUUUUAAAAACGUGAGCACUAUUGCUUUUUCUAUAUAUUAAUAUAUUAUUUUUCCCCAUAAAGUACCUCUAUUAAAAAAAUCCUGUGCCCAUCUUAUUACUACACUGCUUUUUGAAUGCUGUUAAUAACCACGUCUUAUAUGAGCAUCCUUAAAAUCCUCAAAGUCACUUACCAGGUAUAAAUACUUAGAAAUGUUUGUG